ACGAAACGACGAAUGUUUUUCAAUCCUGUAAAGUGCAGUUUUUCAGUGCAGUAUAUACAAAUUUCAUCAGCUUAAUUUUGAGUACAUAAUAAUAACUAGCACCUGACUUUGAUUUACAUUGAAAUGGGAGAUAAUUUCGGAAUCCAUCGGGGCCCCGUCAAAAAGCAAGCCGAGUCCUCGGAAGACCGUACUCAGGGUCAGAUCUUGAGCGACUUUCUGAUGCAGCUCGAAGAUUACACACCAACGAUCCCAGAUGCGGUCACCUCGUACUAUCUAAAUUCUGCCGGAUUUGAAGGGGCAGAUCCAAGAAUUGUCCGCUUGAUCUCGAUUGCCGCGCAAAAGUUCGUCUCCGACGUAGCCAACGAUGCUCUACAGCAUUGCAAGACGCGCACCAACAGUGCCCCGAGCUCCGGCCACGGUUCGUCGAAGAACCAGAACCAAAAAUCUUCGAAAGACAGGAAGUACACGCUCACCAUGGAAGACCUACAACCUGCGCUUAACGAUUACGGCAUAACCGUCCGAAAGGCUCACUAUUUCGUUUAGUUGCGAAGUGAUUGUGUGCUUUCGUUUUGGGUUUUUUUUUGUCAAUUCCUUCUGGACACGAAUAAAAUAGCGUCCCAUGAAUACGAUCACAUUACAAUCUUAAAGCUUACAUUCAUGAGCAAAGGAUAACUCUACAUAUUGCUACCUGAACUUCAAGAACUGGAGAUCAGGCUCUUCAAACAGCCAACUAAACUAUUAGUAUAUUAUUCUUCUCUACAUGUAAUGCUGUGCCGAGUCUAAAACUGCGUUAUCCAAAAUAACGUAAGGUAAAGUGGGGCAGCACGCCCCCCUUAACCGAAAAUCAUUUUUCUCUUCUCUAUUCAUUAAAACAUGCCGGGGCACCUUCCCCUAUCAAGAAAGCACAAACUCGCGCGCUACUAUCUCUUCGGACACGCCCUGAUGCUAACGAGCCUGAUUCUAUCACGGUUUUGCGCUUUUACCAAUCCUUGAGUCCUCAACGUGUUAAUACCCAGAAUAUCGAAUGAGUUACUAAGCCAAGGAAAUCAACACAACGCUUGUGGGCGCUAAGAGAGAUUGUUCAUCACUUUCUAUGUGAAAUACUUAUACAAUAUUAUGUAACUCACCAUCAUCAAAUCUGAAAAGAAUAUUUAAUUCC